AUGACGACGUUUAGUGAAAUGUUGGAAGAGAUGGUGGUGCGAAUCCUAUCAAGACUGCCACCCAAGUCUUUGGUACGAUUCAGAUGCGUCAGUAAGUUAUGGAACACCAUCAUCAAUGAUCCUAGCUUCGUAGCCAAGCACCUUUCCAUUUCCAGGCACAACAAAUUCGUUUCUGAGACAUGCAUCCUUGUCAAACAUACUCUCUUCAAGGAUAGAAGCAUUACAAAUGAGGAACAGACUGCUGCUUUCAGGAAAAAGCAGUUCGACUAUAGCAACGAAGAUCUUCUACUGUCACUACUUCAUAUUUGCAACGAUGAUGACGAUGGUGAUGGUGAUAAUCUUACUUUUGUUGUUGAGGACCUUGAUGUUAUGUUUCCUUCGAGUACAGGUCCCUCAAGUCUACGAAUUAUAGGGCAUUGUGAUGGGAUCAUUUGUCUAAACAAUAAUGUCGAUGAUGUCUUGUGCAAUCCCGCAAUUAGAGAAUUCAAAGUUCUUCCUGAGUCUUGUGUCCUUUAUGAUCUCCCUCCUAGAGCUGAAGAAGAUGACGAUGAAACUGCACCAUGGUCAAUGACAGCUGCUAUGGGAUUUGGCCUUGAUUCCAAAGCUAAAGAGUACAAAGUUGUUAGAGUUGUUGAAACAACGUCUGGUCUGUGUACUUAUCAUCCUACAAGAGCAGAGAUAUACACCAUAGGUGCUAAUUCUUGGAGAGAGCUCGAGAAUGUUGAUAUAGCUAUAGGAUGUCACCCCUCUUGGGCUCCUUCUUUUGUCUUGCACUUCAAGGGAAUUUGUUAUUGGUGGGCAUUUGCUGCGGGAGACAAGGAAGUCAUCCUUACAUUUGAUAUGAGUGAUGAGCAAUUUCAUCCGAUACCGGUGCCAGAUUGUUUUGAUUUUUAUAACGAUAGGUGCUACAGGAGCACCGCUGUGUUGAAAGAUUUCAUUGUUCUUUUAACCUAUGAAACAGGUGAUGAAGUUCCUAAAUCUUUUAAUAUAUGGAUGAUGGAUGAGUCUACAGGUGUUAAGGGUUCAUGGAUAAAAUACUUGGCGUUCGGACCGGUGGAAGGCAUCCAAAUUCCACUAGUAUUUUGGAAUACUGAGGAGCUUCUAAUGGUUAGCAGUGAUAGUCGUGUAGUUUCCUAUAACAUAGGUACCAAAAGGCUCCACCGUUUUCCCAUUCAAGGUGUGGAAGGCGCGCUCCAUCUGCAAGCUGUUAAUUAUGUGAAUAAUGUUAUUUCUGUCAAAGGAGACUGCAAGCAUGAGAGUUCGCAUAGAUAA